AUGGCACCCACCCCCACAUUCCCCCAGAAAUACGGAGAAGGCGAUCUGCGUCUCAGUGUGCUGAAAGCUCUAGCUGACAUCGAACGCCAAUGUUCGGGCUACUAUGUCUUCAUCUGGCAGCACGAUGGCCAGCCUAGCCCGGAAUGCUCUCACCGUGCGGCGGGGGGUCGAUUCGAAGUGGUUGCUUACGGCUCGAUGGCUAGUACUUAUCGCUAUGACUAUGUGCUGGUGACCGAGGGACGCGUCGUCUAUCGGGGGAAUAAACAUCAUAACAUGAUGGUCCAUUCCCAAGGUGCCAACAUCACCGACGAUGUGAUCAACUUCCCGCCGAAUCUCUCGUCAAACCCUCACCAAGCCCACCGCUCCCACCAUCGACCCCGCCAACUGGAUGCGUCAUCUCCGCCACCACCACCCCCCGACCUGCACCUCUCCGCCUUCACCAUCCCAGGCACCCACAACUCCGCUGCCGGCGUCGGCGCUAUCAACUUCCCCCCGGCUUACCUCCCCGACCUCCUCCGCUUCUUCGCCGUCGAAAUGGCCGAAUGUCAAACCGCCUCGGUCGCUGAACAGCUGGAAAUGGGCAUUCGGUUUAUCGAUCUCCGCACCUCCGGUACGGAUUUGACAUUACGGCACGGACGGGUGGAGCUUCGUCACACGCUACGCGAGAUCCUCGAUGUAGUGAACGGGUUCCUGGACAGCCAUCCAGACGAGACCGUCCGCGUGGCGAUUAAACGCGACAUGGAAUCCAUCACGGGGGACCGGCAGCCGGAAACAGACGAGACUCGGCGCGCAGCAGAGGAUUGCUUUAGCUCGUAUGCCCGAGCAUAUACCGAUGCCGUGGACCCCACGCUCGAGGCCAGUCGCGGGAAAAUGGUCCUCCUCUGGGAAGAAGAUCACGGCCGACGCGGAAUACGUCGCGAAUACCGGGGCGGCGGCCCCCAAGGUCGAAUGGGAGUACGACGACCGGGAGCGACAUUGGCAGGCGGUGCGGGAUCUGGCGCAGUGGGUGGCGGGGGUGGGAGGAUGUGCGGGAUGGACGGUGGUAUGGGGUGGGGGUGUAAUAGUUAUUGGGUGCCGGGGGGGGGUGGGAAUUUGGAUCGGUUGAAGGCGAUUUCGGAUCGCAGGUUUCUGAGUCCGAGGCUGCAUGCGGAGUAUACGAAUUGGCGGUUGGGGGUGGUGCAGGUGGACUUUGCCCUCGAUGGAUUGUAA